AUGGAUAAUUUUAAUAAUAAUAAUAAUAAUAAUAAUAACUUUUUAAAGCGAAAUUCUUUUUCAUUUGAUUUAAAUGAAAAUAUUGUCCAUAUUCCUUCCAAAACCUCUGCACCAAUUAUUUCAAAGAGUAGCGAAUUGUUCACUCCUAAAAAGAAAGUGGUUGUUUUAGAAAGAGAAAUAAUCAAAGAAGUUAUCAAAGAAGUUUGUAAUAAUAAUAAAAUUGAAAUUAUUGAACAACCAAAUUCUCAAUCAUCAAUAAAUAAUAAUUUAAAUAAUAAUAAUAAUAAUUUAAAUAAUUAUUAUAAUAAUAAUAAUAAUAAUAAUAAUAAUAAUAAUAAUAAUAAUAAUAAUAAUAAUAAUAAUAUUAAUAAUAAUAAUAAUAAUAAUAAUAAUAUUAAUAAUAAUAAUAAUAAUAAUAAUAAUAAUAAUAAUAAUAAUAAUAAUAAUAAUAAUAAUAAUAAUAAUCCAAAAAAUGAAACAAUUGAAAAUUAUCAAGGAUUUAAGGAUAAAUUAUCAAUGAUUAAUUAUUUUCUUACAUAUCAAUAUUAUUAUAGUUUUGAAGAUUAUAAUAAUAUUCAAUAUUCAGAUAAGAGUAAAUAUGAUUUAUCAAAAUAUAAAUUACCAGAAUUGGUUAAACUUCAAAGUGAUUAUAGACCCACUAUUAAAGAAACUACAGAGAUGAUUGAAAAACUUAGAGAGGAUUUCAAUAGACCAAAAGUUUCACAAAAUACAACAAUUCAAACCAUAAAUAACUCUACAAAGAGUGGUAAUCAAACAAAUCCGGCAACUCCAACUGAAAUUCCAUUUGAUACAUUUUUAGAAUUGGGUUUAGAUAAAGAGGAUUUAAAAAAAAUAAAAGAAUUUAAUAGACUUAAACAAAAUAAUAAUAAUAAUGGUAAUAAUAAUAGAGUGGUAGCAACUAAACCACCACCACCAAUUACAAAUUUUAAUUAUACAGAUGAAUAUUAUAAAUUAUCAAUGAAAAUUGUUAGAGCAGAAAUAUGGUCAAGCUUUUAUUCAAACUAUUGGAGAGAUAAAAAUUUUUUAAAAUUUUCAUUAGAUAAAGGAAUUCAAUUUCAAGCACCAAAACUUUCUUUACCUUUAAAUAUAUCAUCUCCACUCUUAACAAAACCAUAUUUAUUUUUACAUUUGCCAAAAGUUGGAGGUACAUCAAUGCAAAACCACUUUAGAAAGCAAUUUGGAGCAGCUGCUGUACAACAAUGGGUUUUUCCAGGUCCUAAAGAAAUUAUAAAUGUGCAAAAUGCAAAAACUAUAGUAUUGGGUCAUUUUGGAUAUGGUAUUCAUACUGUUUUAAGAGAGGAUGCACAAAAAACAUAUAGUUAUCUCACAAUGUUAAGAGAUCCAGUUGAUAGAGUUAUCAGUCAUUAUUUCUAUCAUAAAGCUACAAAAUUUGAUGAAGAAUAUGCUGUUGCACAUGAUACUUCAUUGGAGGAAUGGUUAGAAAUAUCACCACGUGGUAAUAAUGAAAUGGUAAGACAUUUAUCAGGUACAAACGAAGAAUUUUCCCCAUCCAAUGAAACUUUAAAUAUGGCAAUGUAUAAUUUAAGAUCAAUGAAAUUCGUUGGUAUUACAGAGAGAUUUGAUGAAACUUUGGCACUUUUACAUUUUUAUAUUGGUUUAGAAAACCCAAUAAAUUCAGAUAAAAAAAAUGUGGCUCGUAAAAAACCAUCAGAUGUAUCUCAAGAAACUAUUGAAAAAAUAAAAGAAAAAAAUUGGAUGGAUAUUUUAUUAUAUGAAGAAUCUUUGAAAAUGUUUGAAAGACAAAUUAAUAUAGUUGGAAGAGAUAAUCUUGAUAAACAGUUAAAUAAAAUUUUAAGAAAAUAA